GCUUAUGCCUGACUGAGACUGUUUUACUGACAUGCUUUCCGUACACAGCAGUGAUGCCACGGAGAUCUUAUAUGAAAUGCACACAUGCACUGCCAAUAGUUGUCACUGCAAUUGUUCCUAAUGCAUAUAUGCAGAGUAUCCAGAUACAAAACCAUUAUAGAAUAAUGCAUCACUUUUACUCCAGUGAUACACCUCCACUUCUACAUUUGUCUAAUUCUGCAUGAUCCAGGUUGCUGCCAUGAAGGGAACACGAGAAACAGCUCAGGCAGCUGCCAGGGAGUUUCUGAAGUUCCUGAAUCGUGGCGUCUCUCCGUACCAUGUGGUCGAGGAGUGUAAGAGCCGCCUCCUACAAGCAGGAUUCCAGGAGCUGAAGGAGUCCGACCACUGGGACAUCAAGCCGAACCACAAGUACUUUGUGACCCGGAAUUACUCUACAUUGGUGGCGUUCGCUGUGGGAGGCCAUUACCAUCAAGGCAAUGGAUUUACAAUUAUUGGAGCCCAUACGGACAGCCCAUGCCUGAGGGUAAAACGCAGGUCUCGCCGUGGUCAGGCUGGCUACCUGCAGGUUGGAGUUGAGUGCUACGGUGGAGGAAUCUGGAGCACCUGGUUUGACAGGGACCUGACUGUGGCUGGCAGGGUGAUUGUUAAGGAGGGGCACCGUUUGCAGCACCGCCUGGUGUACGUGGAACGCCCAAUACUAAGAAUCCCCCACCUGGCGAUCCACCUGCAGAGGAAUGUGAACGAAAGCUUUGGGCCCAAUUCCGAGCAGCACCUCCUUCCUAUUCUUGCUUCUUCAAUACAAGAAGGUUUGGAAAAAGAGUCCAUUGAUUCGGGAUCAUCCUGCCACUCUUCUGCAGGGGUCCAGAACCAGACUGAGAGACAUCACCCUCUGCUGGUCAGCUUACUCUGCGAAAGGCUGGGCGUCAAACCUGAUCAAAUACUGGAGAUGGAGCUCUGUCUGACCGACACCCAGCUAGCGACUUUAGGAGGCGCCUAUGAGGAGUUUAUCUUUGGACCACGCCUGGAUAAUUUGCACAGCUGUUAUUGUGCCCUCCAGGCUCUCCUUGGCUCCUGUGACUCGCCAAACUCUCUCACCAAUGACCCCAACGUCAGGAUGAUCACUCUGUAUGACAACGAGGAGGUUGGAUCGGAUAGCGCUCAUGGAGCGGGGUCACUGCUGACGGAGCUGAUCCUGCGUCGUAUUUCUAGCAGUCCCCAGAAUCUCACCUCCUUCGAGGAAUCCGUGCCCAAAUCUUUUAUGAUUAGUGCUGAUAUGGCUCAUGCUGUGCACCCUAACUACAUGGAUAAACACGAGGAGAACCACAGGCCUCUAUUCCACAAGGGACCUGUCAUCAAAGUAAACAGCAACCAGCGUUAUGCCUCCACCGCAGUGACUGAGUCUGUGGUGAGGGAGAUAGCCGGACGUGUGGGGGUCCCAUUGCAGGAAUUCAUGGUACGUAAUGAUGUGCCAUGUGGCACAACCAUUGGGCCAAUCCUGUCCAGUAAACUGGGUCUGCGGGUGCUGGACUUGGGUUCUCCACAGCUGGCGAUGCACUCUGUGAGAGAGAUGUGCUGCACAUCCGGUGUCCUGCAGGCAUGCAAUCUCUUCCAGGCGUUCUUUGAACAGUAUCCAGCUGUGAACAGCACUCUGCUGGUGGAUUAAGCAGUUUGUAAUCUACCCUGUUUAUUCCCCAACUGCCAAGGUUCCCUGUAUUUCAUGUGGUGGGUGUGGUGUUUGUGCAGGAUACCCCUAUCUGUGAAAUAAAUAAAUUUUCUGUAUAUUCAGAA